ACAUCUCAUUAUUUUAUCAUCACUUAAUCAAUCAUAUGUCUGUUGUUUCAUUCACAAAACCGAUCUCUAGUCAAUCACCAAUCGCCAUCUUUCUUCUAGCGUUCACAUCUCUUUCACGCAUUUCGUCAAACACCUGGCCUGCAUCUUAACUCCCCCACUUUCCCCAUCACCCCACAACCGUAUGGAAUGAAAGACACCAAACCCACCAUCCCCAACACCCCAACAAACAAACCCACAAAAGAUCGCAAGCGAAAAGCCGUCGAUUUAAACUAUGAUUUGAAUCUUUCCACCACCAGCACCGGCGACACGACGGAGAAAUCCGGCGACGGCCCACAACGGCGGUUGUGGGUUAAAACCAGAUCGCCAGAUUGGUGGGAUGAGUACAACCGUGAAGAUGUUUCAGAACUUGAGUUUAAAAAAGCGUUUAAAAUGGGGAAAAACACGUUUAACUUGAUUUGCGACGAACUUAGUGCAACCGUCGCUAAAGAGAACACUAUGCUGCGAGAUGCGGUUCCUGUACGGCAAAGGGUGGCUGUUUGUGUGUGGAGAUUAGCCUCCGGUGAGUCUUUACGACUGGUGAGUAAGAAAUUUGGGUUAGGGAUAUCCACGUGUCAUAAAAUUGUUCUUGAGGUUUGUUCUGCUAUCAAAGAUGUGUUAAUGCCUAAAUAUUUACAAUGGCCGGAUAAAUCGUCAGUAAAAGUAAUUAGCAACGAAUUUGAGACACUUUCAGGGAUACCCAAUGUUGUAGGAUCAAUGUACACAACUCAUAUACCAAUAAUAGCUCCUAAGGUUAAUGUAUCUGCUUAUUUUAACAAGCGGCAUACGGACCGAAAGCAGAAGACUUGUUACUCAGUUACGGUCCAGGGUGUGGUCGAUCAAGCCGGGGUGUUUACUGAUGUGUGUAUCGGGUGGCCCGGGUCGAUGCCGGAUGAUCAAGUGUUGGAAAAAUCUGCACUUUAUCAAAGGGCUAGUGGUGGGCUGUUGAAAGGGGUGUGGAUUGUUGGUGGGUCUGGUUACCCGUUGAUGGAUUGGAUUUUGGUGCCGUACACGCAGCCGCAUUUGACGUGGACUCAACACGCGUUUAACGAGAAGAUCGGUGAGAUUUUGAAGGUGUCGAAAGAUGCGUUUGCGAGGUUGAAAGGGAGGUGGUCUUGUUUGCAGAAGAGAACCGAAAUGAAGCUGCAAGAUUUGCCGGUUGUGCUUGGGGCGUGUUGUGUUUUGCAUAAUAUAUGUGAGUUGAGAGGAGAAGAGAUCGAACCCGAGUUGGUUGUUGAGGUUGUGGAUGAUGAGAUGGUUCCGGAAAUUGCGUUGAGGUCUGAGGUUGCGAUGAAGGCGAGAGAUACGAUGGCGCAUAAUCUUUUGCAUCAUAAUCAUGCUGGAACUUCAUUCUUGUGAUAUUGAUAUGAUACUGUGAGUUUCUGCAAUCUGUAUCAUGGUUUUUGUUAAGGUAUAUGAAUAUUUGGCGUUUAGAUUCAAAUAUUCGGUGAAUUUAUACACAAUUUACAAUUGUUUUUAUUGAUGUAGGAUGAGUUUAUAGACAUUUGCAUACACAAGUUGUAAUCUGGUUAUUAAAUUAUCAACGGAUGAAAGAAUCCGAACGUUUGUUGAUUUGUUCUUUA